CACACGCGAACGCUCCUCCUCGCAUAUGAACCCGGAUGCGUCGGGAUAUUCAGCAACAUUGUGUCGCCGUGGCACCCAGGUGCUUGCUGAGCCAUCAGGAUGAUGCGAGCCGGAGGAGUUUUGAAACUCGGUGUGCUAGUUUCUAUUUUUUUUCUGGCUGUGUUCCUGGCCUUUGAGCUAUUAGAGAAUCAUACGAAUCUUAAUAUUGGGAAAGUCUUAGCACGAUAUGCACCUGGAGAGACCGUCCCAACCAAGCCACCGCGCCACAAAUGUGGCCUUUCUAAAUCCUGUCCCGAGGACCAUUUCGCCUUUAAGAUCACCAGUGGAGCAGCCAGUGUAGUCGGCCCAAAAAUGUGCUUUCAGGACAAUGUAUUAAUGAGCGGAGUGAAGAACAACAUUGGACGUGGUAUAAACAUUGCAUUGAUCAACGGGAAGACUGGUGAGGUAAUCAAGACUGAUUCCUUUGACAUGUGGUCUGGAGAUGUGAAAACGCUCAUCAAAUUCUUGAAGGAAAUAGAAGAUGGAAGCAUUGUCAUGAUGGCCACUUUUGACGAUCCUGCAACAAAGCUGGAUGAAGAGGCCAGAAAUCUGAUAGGAGAUUUAGGCAGCUCAAGCAUCAGCAUAUUGGGCUUCAGAGAUAACUGGGUGUUUGUUGGAGGCAAAGGGAUCAAGACAAAGAGCCCCUUUGAGCAGCACAUCAAGAACAGCGCAGAGACCAACAAAUAUGAAGGCUGGCCUGAAGUUUUGGAGAUGGAAGGAUGCAUUCCAAUAAAACGCGAGUAAAAUCAACUUAUACAGCCUUGAGAAGAUUGAAGAACACGCAAUUGAACAUAUGCAGUGUUUGAUUGCCAUUGACAAUAUCAAAAGUAAGAGUAGACUAGACUUUAAAUUUGAAGUCUUAAAUCUUACCAUUAGAGAUCCUGAGCAUUUGCUGCUCUAUAUUUGUAUUUAUUUAACAGGGUUCCCAUUCUUUUUGAAUUUCCACUACUGCCAAUGAUCACUAGAUAAGGAUUUGAAAACUCAUUUUGAAGUGGAUUCAACUAACAAAGAGCAACAUGUUGCCAGUGAAAUAUUUAAAAAAAUAAUAAUAAUUAUAAAAAGUUUUAUUUACCACAACUUCACUAAUUAUUGUGAAUUUUUCAGCCUUGAAAAUCACAAUUUUAAAGCUCAAUGCUUGUGGUAAGCCUGAUUUGUAGAAUUUAUUGUUCUAAUUGACAGCAAGCUUUCUGCCAUUUGUGAGGCUCCAGUGUCAUAAGGGAAAGAGAGAUAGUGAACCAAAUUUAAUUUUUAUUAUUAUUUAUCACUGCACUAUGACACUCUAAUGUUGAUCAGACUGGAUUGAUUUAAAUGGCCGAUGGGCUGCUGUCACCAAAAUGUUUUAUUUUACAUCUUUUUUUUAUUUGUAGGUAUAUUUAUGUUUCUGCUGUCAACAGUAUUUUGACUGUUGGGCUUUAGUACUGAUGGAAGAUUGUGUAGAAACUUUUAUUUUUUAUUAUGAAACUGCCCAUAUCUCUGGUGUGAUGGUAUAGUUUUUAUUUUAGACCUUCUACUGUUAAACUACUGUCUCUGGUUGUAUGCUGUUUUUACUUUUUAAAAGCUUUUGUUGUUACAUUUGGGGGGGUCAUCAUCACAUUUAAAGAUUCCCAUCAGGGUGAUCGUCCAUCUGGUAGCUGCGUAUUCUGAGAUUACAUCGCAGUACAUCUAGUAGCUGUUAUGUACCUGCCGUUAGUGUUCAUAUAAAGCAAUAAUAUCACAGUAUAACUGCUUUCAUCCCUUAUUGUGCCUUUAGUAGGUGCUUUCCUUUCAGGUAGUAAAAUGUACCACAAUUAUUGAGGAAUUAGAAUGCUAAACCAUCAUCACUACUUGUUUAUUUUAUAAUUCACGGCACAAUUGUAACUAUAUACUGUGAAGUUGUGGAAUGAAACCCCUUUCUUUUGUAAGAACAAGUUUUUUGUGUCUUUUUUUUACAAUUAUCAGAUGCUAAGUGAUUCUUUUUUUUAUCGUUCUUGUGUGGAAUUCUUGAUGUUGCACGUCAUUGCCUUAAUAUGUGAAGCUGGUUUGAGGAUUUCUUUAGUACAAAGUAAAUUUAAAUCAAAUAAUUUGUGUAUUUUGUGUUUGCAGUCUUUCCUAAUGGCUCAAUGAUUUCUUUCUUUUUUUAAAGAUGUUUCAUAAUAAAAAAGAGUUAGUUUCA